GACAUCUAAUUAUGAAAACCUCUUUUCAGAUAAAAUGGCUGCAGCGAGUGUUUUCAGCAGAAGUAUCAAAAGGCUUUUGCCUAGCAGGACUGCUACGCUAAGCUUGAGCAUGAAAAAUAGUGUGUGGACGUCGGAUAAUAUUGUUAAAUCUCCUUACAAAGAAGUCGAUAUUCCCAACAGAAUUCUCACUGAGCAUAUUUGGGAGAACUUAGAGAGAUGGCCUGAUAAAGUAGCUAUAGUGUGUAGUUUAACCGAUCGAGCAAUAACCUAUCAUCAACUUUAUAAAUACUCAAAGACUUUUGGAGCCCAACUAAGAAAUAAAUUUCAAAUCACCGAUGGUGAUAUUGUAUGUGUGAUGAUGAACAAUUUGCCCGAAUAUGCACCAGUAACUCUCGGUACAAUCGAAGCAGGAGCGAUACUUACUACCGUAAAUCCUACUUACACACCAUAUGAGGUUCACAAACAACUAUUGUUGUCGAACCCCAAAGUGCUGGUUGGAGUUCCUAAAACGGUGCCAAUAUUGAAAGAAGCACUUAAAUUGGCUAAGAAACAAAUUCCUAUUAUUAGCUGUGAUAAUAAAUCAGGCAUUCCUUUGGGGACUGUAUCGUUCCAAGAAUUAAUUGAAGACAAUCAUGUUAAUUUCGAAACUCUCAAAGAAGUCAAUUUAAACUUUCAAGAUGUUAUACUGUUACCUUAUUCUAGUGGAACCACUGGACUACCCAAAGGGGUAGAAUUAACAAACAGGAAUAUAGUUGCUAACUGCGUGCAACAAGAUGACAAGGAGACACGACAUUAUGACGAUACUACGAGUAUAAACCAGGACUCAGUUUUGGCUGUCCUGCCUUUUUAUCAUAUCUAUGGGCUUUCGAUAGUUAUGCUCCAUAAGUUAACUGCAGGGUGUAAACUAGUUACGCUCCCCAAAUUUCAACCCGAUAAUUUUAUAGCGGCACUAGAGAAAUUUGAUAUAAGCUUGCUUUGUGCCGCACCACCGUUAGUUCUUUUUCUGGGCACAUAUCCGGCUGUGAAAUCCAAACACUUAAAGUCUGUCAAAAGAGUAACAUGUGGUGCAGCACCAUUACCAAAACCAGAUGUUGAAAAACUUCUUGCAAAAGGAGAGCACAUGCAAAUGCUUCAAGUUUAUGGAUUAACGGAAACAUCGCCAUUAGUGUCAACGCUUACAGCUGGGUCUGAAAAUUACACCUCUGCUGGAAAGCCUAUUCCAAACACCGAACUGAAAAUAGUGAAUUCAGAUGGCCAGAAUAUUGGAGCGAAUGAGGUUGGAGAGCUAUUCAUAAGAGGGCCACAAGUCAUGAAAGGUUAUAGAGAUAAUUACGAAGCUACCAAAAAUAGCAUUACGGAAGAUGGCUGGUUCAAAUCUGGUGAUCUAGCUUCAAUUGACGAAGAUGGCUCACUCAAAAUUGCGGAUAGAUUAAAGGAAUUGAUUAAGGUCAAAGGAUAUCAAGUUCCUCCAGCAGAAUUAGAAAGUAUUAUAAAGGAACACCCGGCAGUACUUGAUGCCGGUGUAGUGGGUGUACCUGAUAAGCAUACUGGUGAAAAACCAAAAGCCUUUGUUGUACUGAAAGAAGGAUACAGAAUAGAAAGUAAUGAUAUAGCUAAUUUUGUAGCAGAGAGAGUGACAGAAUACAAAAGACUCAAAGAAAUUAUGUUUCUGGAUGGAUUACCAAAAAAUCCUUCCGGAAAAUUAUUGAGGAGAGUUUUGAAAGAAAAAUAUUGCUAGCUAAUUAAAUAACACUACUCAACAAAUUUUCAACUUUUGAUUUUAUCUGAGGUCGCAUUAUGUGAUUACUAUUUCUUGCCACUAAAGUAAUAAAAAUAUGCAAAUAUACACACACCAUCACAUCUCAAUGUCCAGAUAAACAUCCAUGUCCGAAAUCACGAAUUUUCCAUAAUUUUAUUGUAAUUUUAAUUGAAAUGGCGUAGUUUUUUUGGAGUGGCUGGCUUUUCUCUUGUACUCAGUAGCAGGGGUCUCUCUAAUAAGGCUCCAACAGUAAUCCGCGAGCAUAGCAGGCUCCCAUCUGCCUUGAAAUCGCUUUUCAAAUGCAACAACAUCUUGGUGAAAGCGUUCGCCAUGUUCGUCACUGACUGAUCCCAUAUUUUCAGGGAAAAAGUCCAAAUGCGAGUGAAGAAAAUGCAACUUAAGUGACAUAUUGCAUCCCAUUUUAUAGUAGCAGUCCAAUAAAACUUUUAUUUUUCGCGAAAAUCUUCAGAUUUCUUGUUACCAAGGAAAUUGUUAGUGACAUCGACAAAAGCGUUCCAUGCUUGUUUUUCAAUAUUAUUGAGAGCAGAUAUAAAAGAUGGAUCUUGAAUCAGCUUUUUUAUGUCUGGACCUACGAAAACACCCUCUUUAAUUUUCGCGUCACUAAGCUUGGGAAACUUUUGCUUGAGAAACUGGAAAGCCUCUUUGCUUAUUUUUUUCACAAAAAUUUUUAUGAGCCCCAGUUUGAUGUGCAAUGCCGGCAAAAUAAUUUUAUCUUGCUCAAUCAAUGGUUCAAAUUUUACGUUUUUCUGGCCCACUACUAGAGAGUGACGUAAUGGCCAAUCUUUUUUAAUAAAAUGUUGAGCUUGAGCUCGGCUAUCCCACUCGCAAAGAAAACAACAAUAUUUUGUAUAGCCUGACUGCAAGCCUGUUAACAAAGCAACCACUUUAAGAUCUGCACAAACUGGCCAUUUAUGAUCUCUGUAUUUAAUUUUUUCUAAUAAAAGUUUCAUAACGUCAUAAGUUUCUUUCAAAUUAGCACUAUAAGCGAGGGGCAAGGACGGUAACUCAUUUCCAUUAUGCAACAAUACUGCUUUCAAGCUACUUUUUGAGGAAUCAAUAAAUAAACGCCAUUCAGCAGCUACAUGAUUUUGCCCAAGCUGUGCCAUUAAUCCAUUUACAUCAUUGCAAAAAACUAAGCCAUCUUCUUUAGAAUAGUACGGAACCAGAUGUGAUAUCGAAAUAAAAUGUAUACAGUAUUUUUAUAUUGGUCAAGCUUAUUAUGAAAUAAUAUGAAUUGGGUCAGAUAUUUUUUAAGUGUUGAGUAGUGUAAUUAUUAAACUUAAUAGUAAGUGUUUACAUUAGCAUGUAUUAAUUGGUUUCCUUUAUAUAAAUACCCUAUUUUGCUUU